AUGCAUAUAAUUAAUUAAUUACAAUUAGAGCAAUAAUCCAUUAAACAAAAAUGGAAAAAUACAGUUUUUCUGAGCUUUUAGCGUAUCAAGUUUCGAAUACAAAAAUAGUGAACUCUGAAAAUGAGCUCAGUAUCAUUUUAGAUAUUAAAAAUAACCAAAACUUUCCUACGAAUCGUCGUAUGUCCUCCGCAUGGCUAAAAGCUAUAAAGUCUACCCAUCAAAGGAAUGCCAGUUCUGUUCAACAUGCCAUUCAAUCUGCUAUUCGACUGCGUGAAGAAGGAAAUAACUAUUACAAUUCAAAAUCUGGAAGUAAAUUUGAUAAUAUGAUUAAUGCUGCUCAACGAUAUACUCAAGCUAUAUUCACUGCAAUCGAAAAUACUGAAUCUUUAGCACUGGCUUAUGCUAAUCGUGCAAUGGCGUUACAGGAAUUAGAAUACUAUCAACAAGCGUACGACGAUUGUGUUUGCGCACUUGAGACAAACCAUUAUCCAGUGAAGCUUUUACACAAAAUUAAAAUACGUCAGGCUUUUUGUGCAUACUAUUUAAAGGAUUCUGAGAAACUCAAAAAACAUUUAGAAGAAUUGGAGAAAAGUACUCUAAAUGAAAAUUUUAGUCAGAGAGUAAAAGAAUUACAAAAAGGGUUGAAAAUUUUAGAUGAGGAAACCAAAAUCAAAACGGAGGAAACCAUUAAUACGGUUUUGAAAUUAAAGGAAUCUACCGUAGUAAGAAUUGACACAAAAGUGGCUACCCGUGGGAGAUAUAUGAUUGCUAAAAACGCCAUAAAAUCUGGUGAAGUAAUUUUUAAUGAAAGGAUCAGUUCUUUUGUACCUGUAGAGGGAUGUCAAAUAUGCCAACAAUGCGGUGCUAUGCUUAUGAUACCAAUUCCCUGCCAUGACUGUAAUUGCAGCAUAAUUUACUGUUCCUUAAAGUGCCGUCGAAAUCAUAAAAGCGUGCAUCAAAAUGAAUGUACGGGGUAUCUCUGCCGAUUAUUUGAACAAAUAGGCAUUUCCCACCUAGCUUUAAGAGUUGUACUAGAGGAUUUUCCUGCUAUAUUGCCAAUAGUUUCCUAUGAAACAGACAUCUAUAAACUUUGGCAGACAUUGAUAACACCUGAUAGUUCGCUAUAUACCAAAACUGAUGUGAAUUAUGUACAGACUCUACAAAUGGUUACACAUAUGCAAAAAAUGUGUUUACCAAAUAAGUUAUGGUUUGCCCUCGUAGCUGAUUUUUUAGUUGUAUACCUUAAAGAUUAUACAAAUUUCUUUGCAAUUUCAAACAAAACGAAGCUGAAGCAAUGUGAUUGGGAGUCCAUCGUCAGUGCUCUUAUAUUUCGACAUAUUGGCCAAUUUAUUGUUAAUGCGCAUACAUGCUCUUCUAUUUCGCCAACUUGUUACGACGUAACUUCUACUACUAACAGAUUUGGCAUUCUCCUGGUUCCUCAUAUAUGGACAAAGCAUCUCCAUCUGAAACGUGGUAUGUUACAUUCAUUCAGUGAAACUAAAGAAGUAUCGGCAGCAAACCUCCCAUACCUUAGUAUGUGUAAUCAUGCCUGUGGACCCACACUGUGCCCAAAAUUCUCAGGAAGAAAUUUUUAUGCACUAGCUGAUAGUAAUAUAGAAAAAGGUGCUGAAAUUCUCAAUUGUUAUACCGUUAACUAUAAAAAUUCGCUUCGAAAUAUUCGUAGAGCAUACUUAAAAGAGAUUUAUCAUUUUAAUUGCACCUGUACAUAUUGUCAAAAACCCGAUCCUGACAAAUCCUACCUAAAAUAUCAUGUAUAUAAAUGCAGAAAUCCAACAUGUGGUGAAAAGUUUGUGCCAACAGAUAAACAAGACGUUUCCCCAGCUCUUCAUUGGUGGCAGUUAGAAAACGGAGGAGUAUCGUGCACGAUCUGCUCUGAGGAACAGAGUGUUGAAUGGUUUAUGAAUUUUACAGAGUUAUUGGAAAACACAAAUAAUGCACAAACUCGUUUGGAACUGUUCCGCAUUUAUGACAUGGUCGAUAGUUUCCUGGUGGAUUUUCACUCAUUAAAGAUGGAAAUGGGAAAUGAUUUGAUGAAAAUGCUUAUUAAGUCUUACAAUGCUGGCGUAAUAUUUAACACAUUCGAGUUGAACAAAUUAGUGUCAAUUCUCAAUUUUUGCCAAAGAGCCACUAUUGAACGAUGGGGUUUACAGUCCAUUGAGUACGUUACUAAAAUGUCAGUUUUGUGGGACUUUAUAGCCGUUGGACUAUACCAAUCUACGCAAUUAGAAUUAAAAACAAUGUUGAAAGCACUUGAUGUAAUAUCAGACGAAUAUAAACAAGUUUUUUUGAAUUAUUAUAACGAUUACCUUCAAAAUAAAUAAAAGCAAAAUAUA